CACGCGCAGCCAGGCAGCGAAUGCGAGCGAGCGUGUGCUGUCUCUCGGGAGCGUGCAUGCAGCAUAUUCAUUCUCUGAUACUCUCGCCGCGGUUACACAUAUGUACAGAUCGUUGCCGUUGCUCGCCGUAGUCAUCGUCGACGUCGGCGUCGUUGCUGCCUCGGUACACGACUUCGUAGCGUAGCAGCGGCGGCUCGCGCGGAUCCUGCGUGGUGCGCGCAGGCUUCCGCGUGCUUUUAUCCGCCUGCGAUAUUCGCGUGCGUGCGCGAGAAGGCGGUGGCGGUAGGCAGUAGUAGAGGCAUCAACGGCGGCGGCGACGACGGCGGCGGCAGCAGCAGCAGCAGCAGCAGCAGCAGCAGCAGUAGCAGCAGCAGCCAAGCGGUAGUAAACCUACCGCGACCAGUGACAACAUUUAUUUUCGAUACGAUCACGGAGGCCGUGCGAGCGAGAGAAAGAGCGAGAGAGGUGGCGCUAGAGAGAGAGAGAAAGCUCUGCCCCGAAACCGCUCUGUCUGCAGCACGAAGUGCGUUCCCGUGGGAGCGCAACGGAGAUCGCUAGUGCAGAUUUUGGACAAAGCGGCUUGUUGAAAAGUAAAGAAAUGGUGUCGACUCGUCAGUCAAGUAACAUGGGGAGUAGCAGCAGUGGCGGUGGUAGUGGCAGCGGGACAGGUGGUGAAGUAGUGGAAGCGACCUCGUCGUUGAAGAAACACCAACCAGGGACCGCUAGCAACAUCAAUAACUGCUCCACCACCGAGUCUCCACCUGUUCGUAAUUUGAAUCUCCUGAAUCUACCUGUUGAGAUACUGGAAAAGAUUUUCGGAUAUCUAGGUUACAAUACAGUGGCUCAUUUGCGCCCGGUCUGCCACCAGCUGGACCGCAUUUGCGGUUCAAUGUUGAACUCCACCUUCCAGAAGCUGCAAGCGCAGAUGCUGAGCCGUUUCCAGGCCAUCAAGGCGCAAAUGCCCAGACGCGAAUCCGCGCGUCGGAAUCACCCGUUAGCCUGCGAGUCCGACAUUAUAGAGACUCUACAUAUGCGGCUAACUUUGCUGCAAAUGAGCUUCGGCAAGCACAUCGAGCGGAAGCAUUGUUGCUUCUUCCCCGGUGAGAUUCUGGACGAGGUGUAUCGCGUUCUCUAUUACAUAAAAGUCACUCCGAAACUGACCAAACCUUACAAAGUUACGGACGAGUUGUUUGAUCUGAGCACCAUGGCUAUGGAGUAUUUCAAAGAGCAUAUCGAGCCGACAUUGCCGGAAAUACCUUACUUUGGUGCCGAUUUCCUGGAUCUUGCGGGGACGUUCUCUUCUAGUACUGUGAGUAAACCAUUUAUGUGCCUGGAUUCCGCGCCGUUGAGCGUAGGAAGCAGUAAAACGGGCAACACCAGCGGAGAGGAGGGCUCUCCGCCGCAUUGCUCGGACGACCCGGCCCUCCUGGAAUCCAACGUGUCGCCGCCACAGUCGAACAUGGUUCUACGAAAGCGUAUCCGCAAGAUCAAGCAGGGCAUGAAGCGGUACAAUAGCCAGCUGACGCUGAUGCGCAAGGAUCUGAAGAGCUGCAAGGCGAAGAUCGCCGAGCAGCAGAAGCAGAUCGUAGAGUACGCCACCCGGCUGGACGAUAACGACAAGAAGAACGAAGAAACAUCGCGGAAAUUCAGCACACUCCUACAGGAAUUGAACAAAUGCAAAACCGAGUUACAAUAUUGGCGAUCCAAGUCACCGGCGAUACCGGUGUGCGUAGGCUGCGGCCAGUCAAUGCCAGUCCCUACGGAAGAUCUGCAAGCCUUAGCGAAUCAAGGAGUGCUGCCGGAUACAUUCGGCGAAGGGCUCGACUUCAUUCCCAUCGCGGAUGCCCACAGUCCGACCGAGAUGGCACCGCAACCCCCCGUAGUCACACAAUCUCCACCGACGCCGGCGAUGGAGAUGGCACCCCCAAAGGCUCCCGUGCCUUCGAAUGUAGCGUUCAAGCGGAAACCAAUCGUGGAGGAGGCGUCUAGUGAUGCCGCGAAAAAGUCACGUCGCACUGCCAAGUCUCGUCAGGCUAAGCGCUCAAAGAUGUAAAAAAAUCGAUAACGCUGAUCAUGGUACAAAUAUUUGUUCAACCGGUCUCUGACGGGGGUCUCCCUUUGUGAAAAAAGAGCGACAGAGGGGACUCGCCGCGACGGUAUUUAAAGCGCGUUUCUUUAUGCCAGCAAGCCGAUGAUCUUAGAAAAGUACAAAAUUCCUCACCGAACGUCCUGCAUCUCGCGCAACGAACCUCGUUUUUGGAAAUUCUAGGCCGCGCGUUAAUCACCGCGCGCGAUUGUUUGUGGAAAUCUCUCGACAGUCUAUACUCCGAUUUCUCUCACGAACGGAGCUGUUGUCGCCGCCGACAUGCAACGGUGCGCCUCGACGAUGAUAUUCUAAAGAAACUUAGCCGAUCAUCUGCGCUUUGCUCGUAAAGUAACGUUUAGCUAUACUACUUUCUUGGAUUCUUGUUAGAAUUCUUUGCGAUUGUCAUUGCCGAUGGUACGUCCGUGGAUGAUGAAAGGUCUCGAGAUCGUGUUUGUCAUGCAUUUAACGGCGCGAUAGAACGUAGCAGCGGGCGUCAUGUUUAUCGUGGCGAUUGAAGAUUCGUUUUCUAUUUGGCUCUCCGAUCAAAAGAGCGCGCAGUGGCUGUCAUCUUGACUUUCAGGAUGACACACGUUUGCUAGAAUCUAGACUGAAUAUCGCAUCUUCAGCAUUUUUGAUCGAACAGGACAAUACGGUAACAGAGGAAGCGUAUUAAGUCACGUAAAGGCGAAAGCUUUUGUACAAAAGCCUGUAGGAUGAAUUAUUAUCGUGUCUCGGGAACGGCCGAUAAACGCAUCACGGAAAUUUUAUUCGUUCUUCAUGGCGCGUUGACUCGCGUGCAAAAUCGAAAUUGAGCCUCGAACAUAUUUUAUUUCGCGGUAUCGAUCAACAAGUACCUGACAGAACUAACGUAGACUAGUUCACGCAGGUACUGCAGAUGCACCAACAAUCACCAUAUCAAUUCGUUUUGAUUAGUUAAGCCUGCUCAAUUUAGAAAAUUGGUUCGUUCACAAUGAUUAGAUGCCAUUAGGUGCCACGCGUUAGAGAGAGAUGUUUUAUAUUUAUACAUAUAUUAUAUAUAUAUAUAUAUAUUUUUCGUCCAGUUGGAAAUAAUUUUUCUUUAGUAACUAUGUAUUUCUGAUCGAAAAUUAUUCAUGAUACGUGGGGCUGGAUAAAAUCAAAAAUUCUGCG